AUGAUUGCCGGGACUACAGCAGGCGAGGCUGGUCCCUCAUCGGCAUCCAGCACAGCGCCUGUACGGAGGCGAACAACGUCACGACCGGCCGAUUCGCCAGCUCGAAAGCAGGCUUCCGAGGAUGCUCUGGCGUCUGGAUCACCCUCGCGAAAAGCAGCAGUCCGCAAGCAGACCUCAUCUACAACGCAGCGAGCGCAGUCCUUGCAUCCCAAUACGCCCAAUGGCAAGUCGGCGAGCAAGACCAUCAACGGCAACGAUGCCGCGGCCUCUGGCAGCAUCAGUAGUCCAGCGCACAAACCAAUCGCCACCCAUGCAGAACCAUCACAACCGCACCAAGACGAAAGCACCAGCACCGAUGACUUGACUGCUCUCACUAGUCGAAUUGGCUUUGAACCACGUACUAUCCCAGGCCUACCAGACCCUUCUCUUCGCACCAACGAGGCCAUCGUCUGGCUCGACAUCGACAAUACACUCUACAAGCGGAGCACCAAGAUCGCUGAGCUCAUGGCAGAUCGCAUUCGAGCCUACUUUCACGGUAUGGGCCUCAGUCAAGAAGAUGCCAAGACUCUCCACACCACCUACUACAAGACCUAUGGCCUCGCCAUCCGCGGCCUUGUCAAACACCAUCAGAUCGACCCUCUCGACUACGACCGCAAAUGCGAUGCUAGCCUGCCACUCGACGACAUCCUGCAACCAGACCAUCAGAUCAAACGUCUUCUCACCGAUAUCGACCGUACUCGCGUGCGCGUGUUCGCCCUCACAAAUGCAUACAAACAUCAUGCCAACAGGGUGCUGCGGCUACUCGACCUCGAAGACCAGGUAGAAGGCAUCGUCUACUGUGACUACGCGGUGCCCGACUUUGCUUGCAAGCCAGAGCUCGACUACUACCGUGCGGCGCUUCUGGUCGUCGGCGCCGAGCCCGACACACGCCACUACUUUGUUGACGACAGCUCACUCAACGUCGUAGCCGCAAAGGAGCUUGGCUGGCAUUCCUGCAUCUACUUCCGAGAAGAGGACGACCCUAUCCCAUCACCCUCUGCAGCCGGCGAGAACGACCGCAAAGCAGCCGUUUCCUUCGACGCUACAGCCUUGCAGCCCAAGGCAGGGGCGAAGAGCAGCUUUGAUGAGGAAGCAAUCCGCCACGAGUUUCAGAAGCUGCCGGCCCAUCUACGAAUCCAGCUGCUCGGUAUCAUAUUGGACGCAUGCCUUCCAGGCGACAUCGCCACCAUGUCCAAGACGCUGGAAAAGCAGCUGCGCCUGACUCGCGAUGUCGUCAGCGGCUUGCCAGACCAGGUCGCGCUCAAGAUCUUUGAGAAGCUACCCAUUCAGGACCUGCUCCGCUGCCGCCACGUCUCCAAAAAGUGGCACACGCUCGCCGCUACACCAGAGCUGUGGAGAUCGCAUGCGAUCGCGCUGACCGAGGCGGAUCCAGUCAAGCUCGUCGCUCCGACUGAUCCAGAAGGAUGGGAGCCGCUUGUCAAAGGCCUCUUCUUCCGCGAGCGCAACUGGGCGAAAGGCCUAGCGCAGAACAUCCAGAGACUCGAGGGGCAUUCUGGCUUUGUCACAGCAAUGAAGCUCAAGGAGCGCAAGACACUCGUAUCAGGAAGCUACGACGAGACCAUCCGAAUAUGGGACAUCUCUACGGGUAUCUGUCGAAAGGUGUUGCGCGCCAAAGCCAUUGCCUGCCUCGACUUUCUGCUGGACGAAGGCGUCUUGUGCGCUGGCUUAUACGACACCGGCCGCGUGUUGGUCUGGGACAUGAAGAGCUGGGAACUCAUCCAGACGCUCUCCGGUCACAAUCGCGGUAUUCGCAACGUGGCCAUCAACGAGCGCUACUUGGUCAGUGUCGGUCAGGACAAAGCCAUCGUGGUCUGGGACUGGAGAACGGGUGUCAAAGUGGUACGAUUCGGCCAGCAGAGCAACGUGUCGCUGGGCGUCUCGCUGGUCGAUAAGGACAAGCUGGUCGCGGUCACGGUCGACGGCAUGAUCCGAUGCUUCAGCAUCCCACGCAGAGAGAUGAUCGGCCAAUUCCAGCUGACCAAGCUAGGCGGUCCUGAGCUCGGACUGGCUGCACGGCUGGGAGACCUCUCGAGUGGAUCUUUCAUGCUCGAAUGGUUCGCGGCACACGGCAACACAAUGACGGUCGCUUCCAAGAGCGUGGUGGUGCAUCUCGAGUGGCAGGAGCACGUAGUCCCUGCUCAGGAUUCUCAGACUCCUCUGACCGCCGAAGGUCUUCGUCGAAGUGCCUCGUCCCGUCUCAGCAACGUUGGUGGCAUGGCAAGUUCGGCGCUCAGCCCGCUCCGCAACCGUCGAGACUCGACGAUGAGCAAUGCAAGCACCAGGGCUGCCUCGCCGUCCAUCGGCACGCCCGUGAGGUCUCGGCGCGACUCGAACACGAGCAUCAGCUCUUCGACCAGCGGUCUCGGGCAGACGAGAUCGCCACGUCGCACCAACACAACUCCUGCACGCGCGGGUCGGGCGUCCAUGGGUGGCUUUGAGUCUCCCUCGAUCUCGACCCUGUCCACGCCUUCUCGGCCCGGUCCACGCAACUCGACGAACCGGAUUGGUGGUCCCGCGCCUUGGCCGCUCGCCGUCGCUGAGGGCGAGGCGGCUGGACGAGCGUCAGGUACGCCACCUCCCAGGCCUCCAAGAAGGAUCAGCACGUCUACCUCGGCCGCCUCAAUCUCCUUCCCAUCCACGCCUGCCACCAAAGCUGACGACGCAGCAGCAGAUGUGUCUACACCACAUAUGAACGCCAAAGCUGACCCAGAUGGUGCCGCGCCCUCUAAUGCUACACGCAUCGCUCCGGACCUGUCCACCGCUCCCAAGGUGGUGUCGAUCCUGGAAACGCCCGAUGUCGCUGUGGGCUGCGUCGAUCCGACCAAGAGACGCAUUGCUGCAUCGACACGAUUCAGCAGUCGUGCUGGAGCUGAACGCCAGCUCUACGCCAGCAGUCUGCCUCUGGAUCAUGGCAAGACCUCCACCCAGCUCGCCGCAGCCACCUCGAGCGCCAACGAUCUUGAGGCUGCUUCUGGGGCUCAAGAGUCGUCGACCUCAACGGCGGACUCGGCGGAUAUCGAGACGAACCACACCGUUCCGAUUCGUGGAGCGUGGGCGGCGCAGUCCGAGGAUCUGGCCACGCCGGCACGCAAUCCGAUGGCCAUGGAGCUGGACCACGAGAGCGUCGUCGUCGGCUGCGCAGAUGGCCUCAUCUACCGCAUCCACUUUGUCGGCUCUGAGUACGGGCCAGAGACAUCAGAGACGUCGUCUGCGAAGGCCUGGAUGGCCAACGGAGACGAUGGCACAAGCAAGAUUGGCGAUGCUACGAUUACGGAUCUGCUGCAGCUGAGAGAGGUCUGGAGCGACAUCAUGGUGCCCGAAGGGGACAAAGAUCAUCCUGGGAGGCUACAGAGGGAUCGAAUGAAGGAAAUGGGUCUCAAGUAG